GGAGCCGGAGCUGUUCGAGUCGCCCUUCCGGGCGGUCUGGUUCUGCCUCGUUACCGUCACUACUGUUGGCUACGGGGACUAUUCCCCCGUCACGACAGCGGGGAUCACGAUCGUCAUGGUCUUGAUAAUUAUAGGGAUCAUGUUGAUGGCCGUGCCUAUUGGCAUUAUCGGGAACACUUUCAACCAGGUCUGGAACGCGAGGGACUACUCCUUGCUACUCUCGAAGACCCGGAGUAAGCUGCACAAGUGGGGCUACACGGCUCAUGACAUUCCGAUGCUGUUCAAGCUCGUGGACAACGACGGAAAUGGGGUGCUCGAGCUUGACGAGUUCUGCGAGCUGGUGAAAGAGAUGAAGAUUGGACUUUCCGAGGAGCGGGUGAUCGCUCUGUUCGAGCACAUGGACAGGGACGGCAGCGGGGCGCUGGACGCCCAGGAGUUUGCGCUCGAAGUCUUCCCAGACACGUUCAUCGAGGC